UACUCUGCUCUCCUCUCCUCCCAGCUCCGCUCCGCUCCUCUCAGCAGUGCGUCCCUCACCUCCUCGGUGUGACCAGCAGCCCUGAGCGGAUAACAGCCGUCCGGCAGAGCGCCGCCCGUCCCGCAAACCAGCACAGCCGCCAUAAAACCCGAACGAUGACAUUCUUACAGCAGCGACAGGGGCUAACAUUUAUUUGACAACUUCCCUUUCUGACACCUUGCCUCCGCCGCUCCUUGCUGUUAAGUGCUGUCCUGUCCCCUCCUUGGUACCCUCCCCACCCGUCGGACUCUCCGGUUCAGCGGGACCAUGAUGCUCAGCAGCUCCGUGGAGGUGCCCAGCCCGGGCGGGAUAAGCGGCCUCGGCGGGCUGAGCGCGGCAGCACGGAACGUGGUGCGCUCCUCCAGCAUCUCGGGGACCAUGUAUAGCCUGGAAAAGAGCCCCAGCAACGGGGGUCCGGACUCGGCGUCGUUGACUGGCAACAAGAAGCGGCGCUCCAGUCUGGGCGCCAAGAUGGUGGCCAUUGUGGGGUUGUCACAGUGGAGCAGAAGCACACAGCAACUUAACCAGCAAGAUGGCGGAAUGAAGAAGCUCCGCAGUACAAUCCGAAGGAGCACAGAGACUGGCAUAGCAGUGGAGAUGAGGAACCGGGUGACGCGGCAGGGCAGCAAAGACUCCACCGAUGGCAGCACCAACUCCAACAGCUCCGAAGGAACGUUUGUCUUCCCUACCACUCGCCUGGGGCCUGAGAGUCAGUUCAGCGACUUUCUUGAUGGCCUUGGCCCCGCCCAGAUCGUAGGACGGCAAACACUAGCCACACCCCCCAUGGGGGACGUCCAUGUAGCCAUGGUAGACAGAGGAGGGCAGCUGGAGGUGGAAGUGAACCAGGCCAGAGGGUUGACCCCAAAACCAGGCUCCAAGAACAUACCAGCAACCUACGUGAAGGUGUAUGUCCUGGAGAACGGCAUGUGCUUGGCCAAGAAGAAAACCAAAGUAGUAAAGAAGACUCUGGAUCCCACCUACCAGCAGGCUUUGUUGUUUGAUGAAAGUCCUCAGGGCAAAGUCCUACAGGUAAUAGUGUGGGGGGAUUACGGACGUAUGGACCACAAGUGCUUCAUGGGAAUGGCUCAGAUCCUCCUGGAGGACCUGGACCUGUCUGCCACCGUCGGCGGCUGGUAUAAGCUGUUUCCUACCUCCUCUCUGGCAGAUCCCAGCAUCGGACCCCUCACCAGACGCCUCUCCCAGUCUUCCCUGGAGAGUGCCACCAGCCCCACGUGCACCUAGACACCCAGCAGAUGUCCCGCAGAGCGCAGACACCGGCACGCGUACUGUAUAUACACGACGACUGUACCUGAAGCGCGUUCCAGAUAGGCAUACACCGUUCAGCGGCACAUCCCGGGUUCCAUACGCAUCGACGGCCACACAUUCCUCCAUCGUCCAUCACGAUUCACCCGCCAAACCUAACCCGACGUAGACACAAGCGACGUGAACAUGUAGCGAUUUUCAUUUCACGACAGCCACCGCACCAGGCGCCACGUCCCGCAUCCCGAAGUCGUCAAACCUCCGCGGCGCGUCUCAUCCCGGGGCCAUCCCGAUCGAUGCCAGUUUCUAAUCUCUCUAUGCCAAACUAAGAAAAAACACUUUAUUUUUUAAAACCAAAGCAAUUGUUAUUGUUGUUCUUAUUAUUCCUAUAAGUAGUAGGUGAAACUAGUAUACAAUAUAAAGUAUGGAUAUGUAGCAGAGUCAAUGACUUAGAUGUAAUGCAAAAAAAAAGGAAAAAAAAAAGAUAUAUUCUACAUACACACACAGAGAAGUUAGGAGCGGGUUGUCAAACACACAGACCUGGCUCGGAUGUUCACAUAAUGGCUGUUAUGUGAGGUAGCAACACUGCUAUAUUCUAUGAUUUUCAGGGGGCAGAGUUUAUACAUGAAUAUCUAAAUAUAUACGAAAUAGAUAGCUAAAUACUUAUUUGUCUUUCUAUAUGUAUCGGCUGCAUUCUGCAUGUUUGCUUGCGAGACAUUUUGGAGUGCUUCAAAGUCUUUUUAUUUAGCUUGCCUUGAGCAAUGUAAACAGUGCCACUGCUCUUAUUUUUGCUGAUAUGCCCCGACGAAAAGGAGCGCCGAGUUAGGGCAAAGGACGUGACUGUCAUCGCUGUUUGCAGAAGAAGAAAAUGGAUUAGCCACACACUCGCUGCUGACUUUACAGUCCCUUCCUUCACCUUUGGUGUGUAUGAACCACUUCUGCAUCGGGGUUGGAGUUGGGGUUGGGGUUGAGGGAGGGGUGUUCUCACAUGGUUGGACUGCCGCUUCAUUUCCUUUGUUUUGAUGUCCUGAAUUCUUCUUCCUGCUCAAUGAGAUGGGAAGCAUCAGCAGCAGCCCUUUUCAUUUGUCCCUCUGAACCUGCUGUAAAUAUGUAAACCUGUAUAUAAUUUCAAAGGACUUUUUUUUCUAUUUUCUUUUUUUUUGGACAUUACAAUAGCAUUAUAGGUGCAGCCACAAAUAUUAAAAUAACAUUGACAAGUAAACGCAUUUCUUCAGUUCAGUUCAAAAAGUGAAAGUCAUAUAUUGUGUAAAAAAGUUUUUAUCACACUUUUUCCUUCCACUAAACCUUUCAUUAAUAUGCAGCUGACUUGACAGUUGUUCACCAGUGUUAACCAAGAUAGAUUAGUUCAUAACAUUAUAUCUCAGAUAUUAAAUUAGGAACAUUAAUAUUACUAAACUUUUUUAUUUAUUGAUCUUUAAAUAAAAUAAAUGAGUUAUAAUAUUCUCACAUUAUAAGUUUGGAUUUUCAUUAGUUGUAAAGUAUUACUGUCACAAUUAAUGUAAUGAGUCGACAGUAUCCAAUGUAUGAUUUUCACUUUUGAAGUGAAUUAAUAAAAAUAAUAAACUGAUGAUAUUCUUAUUUACUGGCACAAACAUUUACUUUACUAGCACUUACAGUAACUAGCCUUGUUCUGGUAGUAGAACUUGUUUCAGGUGCAAUAUGUUACUAACACAACCUUCAGCAUUCCUGUUUUAUAUUUCCUGUUUGUCAGUAUGUUUAUGUUUUUUGGAUAGCACUUUAUUGUCAAUUUUUUUGUAUUACGUUUCAAUUUUAAGUCCAGGCGGUGGUGAACCACCUCUAUUUUUCUGUAUUAUAUGAUGACAAUUACUAUUAGUAAUAUUAUUAUCAAUGUUGUCACAUAAGUACUGGAGUUUAAAUACUCGGAAGUUCAUUGCACAUUUCCAAAUCUUUGAAUUUCAGCAGAGUGUAUUUUGUAUUGAAAUUAUGGAGACGCACUGGAGCGGCUGAGACUGGUUCUGGUUUUAGACUUGCAUCUAAGCACUUAUCUAUAAUAUUUAAGUCCAAAAUAAUUUUUUUGUUCACCUUGGACUCUAUAAAAAAAAUCAUUACAUAAGGAAAGUUAGAAGAUUUGUCACAAAAGUCAAAUUGCUUAAAAUUGCUGAUUUUUUUUUUUUUUUUGUUGCAAAAAGAUAUUACUUUUCUCAGUUCAUGCAACACGAUAGUAGGCAUGGGCCGGGAUUAAAAACAUAAAGGAAAAUCGCACAAUUAAAUUAUUCAAAUUUUCCUCACUGCAUAAUCAAAAAUAUAGACAACACAAAUCUAGAAUGUGAUCUUGAAUUCUUGGACGUUACACAACAAAUGUAAGUUAUUUUUGAACUCUGGCACUCUCUCUGGCUUCUCUUUAGAACGACUCUAAACUGUGUAGACAAUUUGAGGAAUUAACCUUUUUUUUUCUCUACGAUUUAGAUUCACUUCCUGUUUAAAAAGUCGUCAUGCCUUGGAACCAGAAAUCGGCCCAUGCCUACCAUCUCAUGCUACAUUGAACUUUCUGAGUCAAACAGAUUUGGGGGAGGAAAGGGCAAAAUGGGACCUAUCAGCUGUUCUAGUUGAGCGUGCAAUGUUUGAGUUUUCACCAUCAGCAAAGGAGCGAAAGGCCGAAGCAAACCGCUGGGGUUUCUGAGGUUCCUUCAGGAUGGCGAACGUUUUAAAGAGUCACUUUAUUUGCUUGUUAUAAUUAAGAAUAUUCUUAAGCCAACCUUGUAUGUAGAUGGAUUUCACCUGAGCGUUAACACUGUUAACCUCUAAGGCCUUUAUGUUGAUAAAUUUCAUUUUGGUUUCGUUGUUGUCUGUCAUCAAAGAGCUUCUUCUUCUCGUCAUCUUUCACCUUAAAAGGGGAAAAAUUGAUGAGCUGGGUCUUCUCAGCGUCUGUUUUAACCUUUUUUGAACUUCAGAUACAUUUCUCUCUGACAUUUUCAGAUCAUAUGGAUGUUUUAACCCUGCUAGUAAUGUGCUUACACCUCUAUUUUAGAAGUAGCUUCAAAUCAGGGCUCUAUUUUCAAGCUAUUUCUUGUUAGAUUGCAACUGGUUAUGGUACCGUUUCUAAGGUAAUCUGGAUCUUACAUUGUUUGUAUGUGAUUUUCCUGGAUAGCUGGCAUGAUGUACGAAAACAUAUGAGAGUACUUUCCAUCUGCACACAUGCUUUGAGUAUGAAAAAGAAAACCACAUCUAAAAUUGAUCUCUCUUUCUCUUAUUUAUACUUACGAAGGUCAUAUUUUUUGCAGUGAUUCCAUGAUUUAAAUAUGUCGAACUGUGCUGCUUUUGCUCUGCCAUGCCAACUGAAUGAAAGUAACUAUGGGUUUUGUAAAUGUCUGUCAAAACAGAAAACAAUGGAUUUCUGCAACCAAAAGAAAUGAUUAGAAUGUGCCCUUCCUUUAAAGUGCAGCAUCUUUGUGUAAGCUUUAUUGAACAAGUGCAUUCGAUGUACUUGCGUGUUGCAUCAUGCGUUGCAGGCCAGUGAGUGAUGUUAUCUAGAUGAUGACUGUUGAAUUGUUAGAAAUCUGAGAAAGGUCCUCCAAACUUUUCCCAGCUUUCAUGAUCCAUGUACAAGGGAUUUUAAACUGCAUAAUACGGAUUUCUAAUUUAAAUGUGAAACAAUGAUGUGAGUAAAUAUAAAAUGCAGGCUCCAAGCGAUGAGUUCAUUGUAAAAAAAGCUAUUCAAAGUCAUUUGACCCUGCGCACAAAAAUAAGUCUAACUCUAAUGAAAAAAGGUUUUUUUUUAUUUACUUUUUUUUUUUUUACGUGACAAAAAAAAAUGCUAAAUUGGAGGCAAUUACUUUUUUAUAGCACUGUACUGUCUUUUUAAAGUGUGGAAAAGCUGAAGCCUGGAGGAGUUUUGUGGAGCUAAAAUCUAGAAAGAUCUUUCUGUCUGUUGUCAAGGCAGAGUCAUAGAUCAGGACUGAGUGGGAAACAUGUUCGCUCCCGGUCCGUUUUGGUCCGCUGGCUUGAAUUUCACAUUGAUUGUAAAUCCGUGGAGGUUCAGAAUGUCAAAUCCACUUGCUUCACCUUGUGCAUAAUUGCGUCAUGUUCAUCUUUGCCCGUGUUGAGCACUGCGUUUAAAACGUAUUUUAUUUUUGUAAGGACAGAGAUUUUAUUGAGAGCAGGAGUCGGAAAGGCGGGGUUGGGCAAAACCUGCCUUUAGGUUUUUGCAAAAAACAAAAAACAAAACGAGGGCUUGAUCAGUUUACAAUGGCCUUAUUUUGUGUGGGAGACGUUGCUUUGCUAUAGUAGCACACACAAGUGAAAGUUUUUUGUAUAAAAAAAAAAUAAUAAAAAAAUUUAUUUUGCUUGAAAUAAUGUACCGAAGUUCUAUAUGCGUAUAGUUUUUUUGAAUGUAUUUCUAAUUUGUGCACUUUUUUUGUCAUCCUGUUUGCUAUAUUGUCUAUCUGAAGAACUUUACAGCCCCCUCUCUUCUACUGUACUGUAUUAUCUACGUCUUUAUUAUUUGUAUCACGAGAAAGGAGCAUGAAUUCUGUCUGGCAAAAGGCAUUUUGAUUCAUGUAAGUCGCCACAAUGACUGUUGAGCUGAAAUGAUUGCUCCCUUUGCACCCUCUGCAUCCUGUCCCUGCAAUGUCCCCACUUUAUCAAACUCAUACUUUUGAAUAAGGUAAUAUUUGCUGCACGGUGUUUUCAUGACAGUUUUUUUUUUUUUUUUGUCUGAUUCUGCAAGGCACAGUGAAGGGGUUUCCAUUAGGCAACUCACACAUAUGCAAGAGAGUUGUCUAAAUGCUGUACCUUUACGUAGCAAGGCUUCGGCCUUAUGUUUUCCUCGAUACGUCUUCAGGCAAUAACCAUUUAGCUGUAGCCUGUUUCUCAGUUAUCAGAGCUGGUCCUGUGGUUACUGCGCCACCACAAAUAAAAUACAUUUGAACCACUUUUUGAGCACUGAAAGUAAGUAUAGUCAAUCUAGCAUGCUCUGCAUUGUGAAUACACGUUAGGAUGGCUUUCAUGAAAAACGAGGUUCGUUUUGUCUUUGAGCUAGUACGCAUUCCAUAUACCGCUAACACCUAAUGGCACCACUGGUGAAGAUGUGGAAAAAUACUUAAAUUAAUUCAAUAAAAUCCUGUUAUACAGCCGACGCAAAAUGUCACAGUAGACAUUUUUAAGCUGGUCAGUCUCUAGGAACCUUUAGUUAGUAGUCUCUGUUGUCAUGGGGUAUAAAUAUCCCAGGACACUGAUAAGGAUGGGUGGAGAACUGUAAUGAAGGUAGAACUGCAACAAAGAAUUGCACUUUGGGGCCAUAAAGCCUCCAUAUUAGCUACAAAGUCGUGUCUUUCCCACCAUCACAUUCAUAAACUUGUGUAGUUUGUGUGUUCACACUCAUAUUUUUUUCAUUUUGAGACGGAGCUCUGCCAGCUGAAGAUGACUUUCAGGUAUUUCACACAUCUUCAGCAGGAGUCCCAUUAUGUGUGGAAGGUGCUUGAGUAGCAACUAUCAACAUGAACGGGACAGGCAUCACCCCUGAGCUUUUAUUUAUUUUUUAUUUUUUGGCAAGUUUAAGAGUUGGUGCUGCUGGAUCAUUUUCCUCUGUUGUCUAUAACCAUUAGCUACCACAGCACAAGCUUUGCUAGCCACAUUUUCUUAUUAAUGAUUUUUGUCUGCCAGGCUAUUACAUGGCCCAGGUGUCUCUCAACCCUUCAUCUCGCCAAGCCCCUAAAAGCACAGAACACAACCUGAACUAACAGCUCCAAGAGUCAAAAUUACAUCAGUAUUCAGAUUUAUUUUUGUUGGAAUCUGUAAUAUUCCUAGCAGAUCUAGAUGUAAAACGUAUAAAGAUUGAACAACUCUUUCGUGGUUGUCUUCGGCGUUCCCAUCCGAGGAAUGCCAGCAGCGCAACAGGGUCGGAGACAAAAGUACCGGGCCAUGAUAACGUGUGUGAGGGUUUGCGGUUGAGAGGAACAAAAAGGGAGCUGUAAUUUUAUACCUGUGCUUUGUAAAUGUUUUCUAUGUGCAGUAUUUGAUAAUGUAAAACUGGUAUUUUUGUGGUUUGUACGCUGCAAAAUUGAUUACUUAAGGUGCACGUAGUUUUGUAAUAAAAAAGAAAAAAACAAUAGAGCCAAACUGAGAGGGGGGGGGAUUGAAAACAAUUUGGGAGUCCGAAGCCUGUAUUUGCAUGCCCUUUGACAUCUGAACGCUGAAAUAAAUAAAGUUCAUUUGAAUCACUA